AUGAUCGACGUCAAGAAUCAAAUUACAUCCUUUCGUUCAUUCGCAAAUGAUCAAGGGAGUACAACUUCAGAUACGAAUAUCAAUAUACCUGCAAUGGCCGACCAUGCUUCCACGACAAGUGGUGGCAACAAUGCCAAUAUGACUUCGCCUCCAACAAAUAUGCUGCGCCAAGAUGAACAAUCUAGCGUCGAACCAUUCCCCUCUCUGGAGGAAUCUUCCCCUCAAGGUCCAUCAACUCCCUCGACCGAAGUCGAAGCUGAGGCUGAGGGGACUACUCGGAGUAAGAGGCGGUCAAGUACAUUUAAUAGUAUUCGACGAGCUUCCAAAGUAUUUGAGCAGUCGAAUCCACCCACGGGAUUUUGUAUUGCGACAGGGCAAAUCGCAUCGCAGGUACCGUCGAUAACCGAUAUCAGAAGAGGAAGUUUUGGAACAGAGGGCUCGUCGGGCGAUAGACUGGUUCGAGAAAAUCAACGACGGGCUAGUACUUCACGAAGCACUAUUUCACAAUUGGGAGAUCAGGGGAAGAACAGCAGGAAGGGUUCAAUGGGCAUGAAUACCUCUGAUAAUCUGCCAUCCGCUACGGAAAUCAGACAUGAUGUUCUCCCUGAAGCUGCAGAGGAAGAGGAACAUUCCCGAGCGUCUUUUCAGGCGCAUCGCGAUCUGAAAGCCACUUCUAUUUUGAAGAAACUUGACGUCGAGAACGAUGUACUUGUCAAACCGAUUUCGAAUGUGCGGAGUAGCAUUGGCACAAACGGUAUAUCUCACAACGCGAAGGCGGAAGAUGGAAACAGAACAACCCCUUUUGAUAAUGGGUAUCAAUUUCCUCCCAAGCACUCGUGGACCGUAUCGACAGCAAUAUUUUUCAAAGCAUUCUGGAAGUUCUUCAUCACCCCAGUGGGAUUUCUCGUUACAGUUUAUGGACUGAAUGUUGUAGCUUGGGGCGGUAUGCUCUUCUUGCUCUUAUGCAACGCCUCUCCAGCCAUGUGUCGUCCAAGUUGCAACGAUAUCAACUCCCCUCGACGCAUCUGGAUCGAAAUCGAUUCCCAAAUCUUGAACGCUCUAUUCUGUGUCACUGGAUUUGGUACUAUCCCCUGGAGAUUUCGCGAUCUCUAUUACCUUCUCCAAUACCGAAUGGGUAAGAAUGAAAUUGGUCUUCGAAGACUUGCCGGGAUCAAUCGAGGUUGGUUUCGCCUCGCUGGCUCUCAGAACCUCUCUUCAGAACUAGGUCCCGCUCAGAUUGUCAGCGAAGGCUCCAGUGUGCCGCAAUCCUGCGUUGCAUUUCCUCUCGAUAAAUCCCCCGAUGCACCACUGACGGGUGUUCGCGCCCCUCCAACCGCCUUAUGGAAACUCGAUUUUGUCAUUUGGACAAUGGUAUGGAAUACGUUCCUCCAAGCCGUCCUCUCAGGUUUCAUGUGGGGUCUCAAUCGUUAUGACCGUCCCUCAUGGAGUACAGGUCUCUUUGUAGCACUAGCCUGUAUUGUCGCUGCUUGUGGCGGUACCAUGUCAUUCAUGGAAGCGAAAAAAGUCAAGGCGAUAGAGGGUGUGCCGGUCAGUGAUGCCGACCGGGAAAAACUGAGGAGGGAUAGGGAGUUGGGAAUAGUACAUUUUAAUAAUAUUAAAGAUGAGAUGCCGAAGGAGAAAGGGGGAAAGGAAAAGGGGAAGCGAGGAGCAAAGAAGAGUGAACAAAGUACGUCCGAGGAGACGAGACUGCAACAAAGUAUCGAAGAGGGCGUUGCUCAAAUUGUUAGAUAG